AUGUCUUCAGUCCGGGCUGUUGCGCCGGGAACGGACGACCAGGCGAUACCCGUCAACACCCUGCGGAUGUGGCUCCUGGGAAUGGUCUUCACGAUGCUGGGAUCGGGGAUCAACCAAUUCUUCGCACUGCGGUACCCCUCGGUGCACAUCGUGUCGCUCGUGGCGCAGCUGAUUGCGUAUCCCCUGGGCGUGGCACUCGCCAGGUCGCUACCCGUCUACACGAUGAAUCUGGGACCGCUGGGCAGAUGGUGCAUCAAUCCCGACCGGCACUUCAAUAUCAAGGAGCACACCGUCAUCACCGUCAUGAGCAAUGUCAGUUUCGGAUUCGGCAGCGCGGAUGCAACCAACAUUAUCCAAGCCGGGAAAGCCUUCUACAGUUUCGACAUCAAGCCCGGAUUCUCGGUUCUCAUUGUGCUGUGCUGCCAGCUGAUGGGCCUGGGUGUCGCCGGACUGGCAGCGCCGUGGCUGGUCGAGCCCGCUUCCAUCAUCUGGCCGGGCGUUCUGUCCAAUUGUGCGUUGCUGUCGACAUUACACACCCGGGCGAACGCCGUUGCGAAUGGGUGGAAGAUGAGCCGACUUCGCUUCUUCAUGUACGCCAUGGUUGGGGCCGGGGUCUGGUAUUUCUUCCCCGGGCUCAUGUUCACAGCGCUCUCAUACUUCACCUGGGUCUGCUGGAUCGCACCGAAUAACUUGAUUGUGAACCAUUUAUUUGGCAUGGUCACAGGACUGGGCCUCAGCCCGAUCACCUUCGAUUGGUCUCAGAUUGCGUAUAACACGAAUCCGCUCCUCUCGCCUUCUUGGGCAGCCAUGAAUGUGUUUGCCGGCUUCGUGGUCUUCUUCUGGAUCGUGACGCCGGGACUCUACUACUCCAACGUCUGGUUCACGGCGUACCUGCCAAUCUGCACAGCCGAGCUAUACGACAACACGGCAUCCGUGUACAACAUUGCGCGAGUGAUGAACGCCGACGGUACCCUGAACGCAGCAGAAUACGAAGCGUACUCGCCAUCUUUCUUGCCAGCGACGUUCGCCUUCGUCUACGGAAUCUCGUUCGCUUCUCUCACAGCGGUCCCGAUCCACAUCUAUCUCUGGCACGGAAGCCAGAUCAAGGCGGCGUUCCAAGGAAGGACAAAACUCGACAUUCAUGCCCGACUCAUGAGACUGCAUACGCAGACUCCGUGGUACUGGUACGGUACGAUUACGAUUGUGGUCAUGGCUAUGUCGAUGUUGAUGGUUCACUUCUACCAUACCCAGUUGCCGGGUAUUACGAACGUCAACGCGAACCAGCUGAACGUUCUGUCGGAGUUCAUUGCCGGGUACAUGUUCAGGGGGAAGCCACUGGCCAAUAUGAUUUUCAAGAUCAUGUCCACGGAUGUCGUCGGCCAGGGGCUCUACUUCGUGCAAGACAUGAAGCUGGGUCACUACUUGAAGGUUCCCCCGCGAACACUCUUCUUCGCCCAAGGAAGCGCAACAAUUCUCGGCGCGCUGACCCAAGUCGGCGUCACGUUGUGGAUGCUGGGAAACGUCAAAGACAUCUGCUCCGCCGACCAAGCCAGCGGCUUCACGUGCCCGAACGGACGCACCGUCUACUCAUCAUCCGUCAUCUGGGGCGCCAUCGGACCGGCGCGCGUCUACUCCAUCGGUAGGAUCUGGUCCGGCCUCCUCCAUUUCUUCUGGAUCGGCGCGCUGAUGCCAGUCAUCACAUGGGCCGUCUGGAAAUACUGGAGGAGGAGCGAUGGCGCGCCGAGGGAGUGGCUGCGGUUCAUCAACUGGCCGCUCAUCUUCGUCGGGACGUACAACGUGCCGCCUGCCACUGGCAUCAACUACAGUAGUUGGGCGCUGGUCAACAUCAUAUUCAACCACUGGAUCAAGAAGAGAUUCUUUGCUUGGUGGUCUAAAUAUAACUAUGUUCUCGCUGCGGCUUUGGAUACAGGUCUUGCGCUCUCCGCUUUGGUCAUCUUCUUCUGUAUAACGUAUCCUGGAGGCGUAUUCCCCGACUGGUGGGGAAAUACGGUGUACAUGAAUACCGCAGAUGGAAACGGCCUUCCGUGGCUACCGCUUCCUGAUAGCGGGCGAUUUGGACCUGCCAAUGGAACUUGGCAUUAA